AUGGGAGGGAUGGGAGGGAUGAGAGCUCCUUGCGGGGCUGGAAGUCCCCUCUUUCUUUUUGAUGCACCCCAUCUGCUCCAUCCCUCAGCAGUCUCUCCACUUGUCACUACACUUGUCACUACACUUGUCACUACACUUGUCACUACACUUGUCACUACACUUGUCACUACACUUGUCACAACACUUGUCACUGCACUUGUCACUGCACUUGUCACUGCACUUGUCACUGCACUUGUCACUGCACUUGUCACUGCACUUGUCACUGCACUUGUCACUGCACUUGUCACUGCACUUGUCACUGCACUUGUCACUGCACUUGUCACUGCACUUGUCACUGCACUUGUCACUGCACUUGUCACUGCACUUGUCACUGCACUUGUCACUGCACUUGUCACUGCACUUGUCACUGCACUUGUCACUGCACUUGUCACUGCACUUGUCACUGCACUUGUCACUGCACUUGUCACUGCACUUGUCACUGCACUUGUCACUGCACUUGUCACUGCACUUGUCACUGCACUUGUCACUGCACUUGUCACUGCACUUGUCACUGCACUUGUCACUGCACUUGUCACUGCACUUGUCACUGCACUUGUCACUGCACUUGUCACUGCACUUGUCACUGCACUUGUCACUGCACUUGUCACUGCACUUGUCACUGCACUUGUCACUGCACUUGUCACUGCACUUGUCACAGGAUGA